CGGCCACCUGGCGGUCAUAUAAGGUAACUGCACCAGCUCCUUGAGCUCAGUUGAAGAUGGCGACUGGAGUCCUUCAAAGAGUCCGCGGAGCAUUGGGUCCGGCUCAAAGCAGGGCCCACUCGGCCAGACAGCUCGUGGGCUGGGUCAGAGGUUUUGCAACAUCCAGCAGCAGAGAUAGAGAAGACAGCUGGUUUAAGUCGCUGUUUGUGAGAAAAGUUGAUCCCCGAAAAGAUGCACACUCCAACUUGCUGACCAAAAAUGAGGAAAGCAACCUUUACAAAAUUCAGUUCCAUAAUGUCAAGCCAGAGUGCCUGGAUGCAUACAACAAACUCUGUGAGGAUGUUUUGCCCUCCAUCCAUGCUGAUAAGUACUACCCCUGUGAGCUGGUGGGAACCUGGAAUACCUGGUAUGGGGAACAGGACCAGGCUGUUCAUUUGUGGCGCUACAGAGGUGGAUACCCAGCUCUAACAGAGGUGAUGAACAAGCUCAGGCAGAACAAGGAGUUCAUAGCUUACAGGAAGGAGCGGGGAAAGAUGUUAUUGUCUCGCAGGAAUCAACUUCUGCUAGAGUUUAGCUUCUGGAAUGAACCUGUGCCACGAGAGGGCCCAAAUGUCUACGAGCUCAGAUCCUACCAACUCAGGGCAGGAACCAUGAUCGAGUGGGGUAAUUACUGGGCCAGAGCGAUCCGAUACCGCCAGAGCAACAGUGAGGCUAUAGGAGGGUUUUUCUCACAGAUCGGUAGUCUCUACAUGGUUCAUCACCUCUGGGCUUACAAAGACCUUCAGUCCAGAGAGGAGACGAGGAAUUCUGCUUGGCAGCAGGAAGGCUGGCAUGAAGCGGUGUAUUACACAGUCCCUCUCAUUCAGCACAUGGAAUCCAGGAUCAUGAUCCCAACAAAGGCUUCCCCGCUGCAGUGAAAUAAGAAGCUGGAAGCUAAAAUAAAGUGGCAUCCUUCAGAAUGUUACAUUCAUCCAAUGAGUCGCUGUCAUGGGUUCAACCUUCUCAAACACCCUUUUCUCUUUUCUCGUCUUUGCUUUAUUACUUGAAGUUGUCACUUGAACAACAGAGGCAACAAUGCCUAUUUCCUUGCAAUUAAAUAGUUACUGAAAGGUAGCAAGCUCUUGACCAUGCAAAAUUUUUCUUUUGUUUUUUGGGUUCUAAAACGCAACAAGUAAAUUUACCCAAUUAAAAACCUCCCGAUGGUGGUUAUGUGCAACAUCUUGUGCCACAUUAAAACUGGUCCAUGAAGAGAGCACAUCUAGUUUUGGAGCCAAAGUUAAAGAGCAGCUAUAUGGUUCGUUAGUGUGGGAACACUGGGGAGAAAUGGUCUGCUGAAGCUCACGGCUCAACACAGUGGCCAUUUAUUUAUUUAUUGUAAACUUAAAGCAAAUAGUGUUUGAAAUAUGCUGAGGACGUUUCAGUUUGAUGUAAGCAAUGCUAUUGCUGACUGAACUGAGAAAUCAUUAUUUAAACUGUUUGUCGCAAAUCAUGAUGACAAUAUGACACGGUGUAUAAUGCAGAGAAUAUAAUUUUAUAUUUGCUGUCUAUCAUAAAUGGAUGUUUUGUGGUGAACUCCUAAGCUGCUUCUCCUGGAUGUUCUUUUAUUCCCUGUCAGAGUAAUGUUAACAUUUCACGGUGCUGUGUUUGUAACUAUGGCUUCCACCUUUAACUUGUGACAGCAGCAUGCCCGGUUUUAAAUCUGUUUUUAAUCCAACAAUGUUUUAAUGGGGAAAAACAAUCAUACAGUAGUGUGGAAACAUGUUCAUACGUGAUCCAGUGAAGCUGGUUGAAGUGGGGACAGUCGUGCUGCUUUGUACUGUAAUAGAAUUUUUAAGGGAACCACAUUUAUGCCGUCUUUUUGUUGAGCUGGAACAAUGUUGAGAAAUGGACAAGAACGCCAACAAAUUAAAAUAAAUUUAAACAUC